AGGGCCAUAUAAAUAUUAUCUUAAUUUGGUUAAUAUCCAAACCAUAUGUUGUCAGCCCUGUGAUGUGAGUCUUGUGCGGGACUUCGUAUGGUAUAUAAGAGUAUGUUUCAACAAUUUUUGGCAAACAUUUGAAGAGUCUUCAGCAGGCAAAAUGAUCGGAAGCCAAACAAUCUUUGCACUUGUGUUCGGCAUAGCAGCAGUGCAAGAAGUCGUAUCAACCAUUAUACCAGAGAAAAUAAUUGGAGGGGUCAUUGACAUCGUGCAGAGUCACAAGAACAAACCAGUCGCGGGGACACAGCAGCCCUACCCCAAUUACCAGUACCCACAGUACCAACAAUGGAACGGACAAUCAAACCAACAAGCACAAGGGCAAGGAUUUCAGACACAGUCCCAGUUUCCUGCUAAUAACCCAGGCCAAUACCAGAACCAAGGACAAUACAAUUAUCAAAGCAGUUUUAACCAGGGUGCUGGCUAUCCUCAAGGUGGAAAUUUUAAUAACCAAGCCUAUCCCUCCGGCUCUGGACAGAACUUUAACCAAGGAUCCAGUCAAGGCCAGGGACAGUAUCAAGGAGUGUAUCAGAAUAGCAACCAGUUUCAAUCGAAUCAGAUGCAGAAUCAGCAGGGUUAUUAUAACGGCAUGGGUCAAUCAAACCAGAAUCAGUAUCAAGGAAAUCAAUUCCAGGCUCAAGCUGGUCAAAAUCAAGGCAGCCAAGGGGCUGGUCAGGUGAGUCAAGGUUUCCUGGUUAGUGGCGGCCAACAAGGCAGCGGUAACGGCAGCCAGGGACCAACAUGUGUUUGUCAAGCGUGGACCAAGCCUCAGCCGGAGAUUUAUGCCGACCCUGUAACAGAGAAGGUUCAAAAGAAGGAUGUGUCCCCGUCUUCUGAAUGAUUAUUUCUAAUAUUUUAGCAAAAUUCUGCAUGUUCGUUUAAAUUAUUAAUUUAUUUUUCCUAACGUAUAUUUUAGUUCAAAUAAGAUGAGAGUAAGGCGUGAUUAAGAUCGUACAUUUGUUUCACAGCCACAUUGCUCAUUAGAUGUUGUAGGCGUUGAUUUAAGAUCGCUAUAGUUUAUGUGCGUACAUUAUAAUUCAUAUAUGAAAAUCCUAUUUUUGACUCGCUAGA